UUCUUGUAAUCUUAUCUCCGGGUUAAACUAUAAGAUGCGACAAUUCGUGAAUGUUUAUAAUACCUAAUCAAGGCGUAAGCGUUGUCAUUUUGUAUAUAAGAGUGACAACUGAGGACUAAAACAUAUCAAGUUCGGUCUUUGAAGUGGACAGAUACAAACAUAUACAAAAUGAACAAGUACCUGAUUUUAGCUGUUCUUCUUGUAGGCGCUGUCCUUGCCAAAAAAGAAGACUCCAGUAGCUCGUCUGAAGAAAAUGUGAGAGAAGUAGCAGAAAUGUUGAACAAGAAAUUCAAUACCACCCUCCUUCUCGACGUUAUCAAAAUGGCCGAAAAAGCUAAAGCUAAAUGCCCCGACUUAGAAGAAAAACUUGACGAUAUUUCUGAGAAAAUUGAAAAAUGCGUCGACGAUAUCGAACUUGGAUCAGAAACAUUUUGCUCUCUUGUCAAGAACAACUUGGCUAGAUGUGCCAAACCAGCCAUCGACCUAAUUGCCUCCUGUUUACCAGAGGAAUCCAGAGACCUUCCUGUCUUGGGACAGAAAAUCGUCGUUGCUGUUGUCAAACAAGCCUGUAGUUCCACCGUUGAAGAAAUUUUGGAAUUGUUUAACCCAUGUGCCCUUGAGAAGGACUUCGCUUCUUUCCCAGCUUGUAGAGAAAUCAAAACAGUUAUCGAUGAACACAGAAACAAACUUCCAUCCAAAUCACUCAUCUGCUCAACUCUCCCCAAGGUAAGGAACUGCGCUAAAGCUCAUAUUGAAGCUUCUUGCCAAAACACAAUCACCAGACAAGCUGCCUUGAAAUUCCACGAUGCUAUCGAUGCUGCCCUUAAAGACGACUGUGAUGCACUUAACAAAGCCUAAAUAAUUUGUGACAAAAUGCUCGAAUAAAUUAAUAAAAUAUUUUUAUAGUUA